AUGCCAUUUCCGACUGAAAACAACUAUACAUCUACCAAUAAUACAACAACCUCCACCAAACAAACAACACAGCAACCACAACCGCAACAUGAAUGGGUCACAUCAGACUCCACAACAACAACAACAACAACAACAACAACAGCAACAACAAAUAAUAAUAAUACUCAUGUGGCCCUUCGAACCACAGGACAACCGUUAUUGUCCAAAAGUGAUAUUUCCAUCAUACUGAAUGCUGCCAAGGCCUUUCGGAACAACAACCGAAAGACGACAACAUCCACACGGUUUACCAUGCAAUAUGCUGGAAACUCCGAUCUGCAUGUCGCCGAUUUAGUAUCAAUGCAACCAUCACUACAACCAAUCUUGGAGAAACUCUUACACAACCAAAUCUAUCCACUGGUGCGAAGUGCCUUUCUUCUACCUCAUGACGAUGACGCCAAUAAUGAUCCACAACCACCACUCUGUGUCUAUGAUGCACUGAUUGUGAGGUACGAUGGACAGGCUGCUGCAAACAGCGGACGUGAUAAGGGAGCCUCCUUGCCACUGCACAGGGAUGGGGGGCUCUUUACUGUCAACAUUGCCUUGCAAGGGGACGGAAACGGAGGAACCUUGUUUGACAAUCUCAUAACAUCAUCAACCAAACACACAGCUUCACAUCACGACGACGACAUUAUCGAACGGGCUAUCGUACACCCCCUCUCGCCGGGGCAUGCAGUGGCACAUCGGUCCACAGAACGGCAUGCUGGAGCUCCCACCAAGCCGGGGGAAGCAAUACGAGAAAUAUUGGUGUUCUUUAUUACUUUGAGAGAGACACUUCCAACCACACCCAUUACACUACAACAUCAGCAACAAUCCAACAACCCAGGUACAAUCCACAUCAUGGGCAAUCCCACCCAAUACGCAACAUUGGCAGGAAUCGAGAGAGCCUUUUAUCUGAAAGAAAUUGCGGCACAACAAUCAAAGUCGCCCGCCGCUGCCGACAAUACCGGUACCAGUCAAACAUGCUAUCAGUGGGCGUUGGCGCAAAAUCCUUCUGAUGGAGAAGCUCUCUUUUGGGUAGGGUACUUUCAGGUACAGCGUGCCAGAGCGGCACAUGACAGGAUGGUCGGAAAGGAAGACGACAACCAGCACAUGGCAACAGUCACUAAGCACGUGCUCCGCAUCUGGAGAGACUUUGACCACGGCAUCCAGGCAUUGGAAACAGUCGCCAACCGCCUGGACCCGUGCAACAUUCGAAGCCUGGCAUUCUUGGGAUCGGCGUAUUCAUGGAGGUGGUGCUUUGCCCAGGAGUGCCAUCCACAGCAGUUUGGAUUGCGUCAAGACGUCGAACUCGGCAAAGCAGCUGCCGUAUUGCAACGCGCCGUUCGUCUGGAAGAAUUGUUGCAAGGAAUCAUCGUUCAAUCGGAAGAACAACUGUUCAGAGCAACUCUUUUGGAUCAACUUGCCGAAAUUUUACUGAUUCAAGGCAAGGUGGGACAAGCUGCUGAUUGCGUCGAAAAGGCAAGAAGCUGA